UACCACUGUCCCUCUAACCAUCCAAUCACGAACCUAAAAAAAUGGAUGCUCCUAUAAAAAAAUAGCACUGACUAUUUUUGUACAUAACUUGGUUUGUCCUUUACAAAAAUUAACAAGCAUAUCAAAACCUAGGAUUUAACAUUAUUUUCGCAUUCCUUGGCAAAUGAAAAGGUUAUGCUUUUCACCUAGGCACACUUACGAAUUUGUUCAUUACUACAAUCUAAUAUACUUAGUGAAAUACCUCACUAGUCUAUAAAUGUUCGUUCAAGAAUCAAGAUGUUCAGGUACUAUGGAUGACUUUUUCCUGUCCUUUGGUAGAUUCAUCAUCUAAUCCUAACACAACGGCAGAAUUUAUAGAAAUGACGAUACGAAAUAGCUGAAAAACACGCCUAAUAAAUAAUAAUACAUACUCUUCAUGUUCCAGAAUAUAAGGCAUAUUUUGACUGCCCAGAUUCAUGUUUUGACUGUAAUUUUCUCAUGCAAUAUUUAGUCAAUAGUCAUUACAUCUUACAAAAAAAAAUCAACACGGACGAAUGAUGUCCAUUUUUUCUAUGAUAAACAACACACAAGGAUUAUUUGUACUGAAAAUAGGGUUGCAGAUUUCUUAGCCAAACUUUCGAGUAGAGAGCAGCUGACCUACUUGUGGUUAUAGGAUGCCCCAUAUGUAAUGUUACAGUCUUAUUACCUACAGAAUUUAGAAGGACCCUGUUAAGUACAUGAACACGUGUGACCCUGAUAAAUUUAGUGACGCGAUGAUGACAACUUUCUUUUGGGAUGGCAACUUUUUUUUUCUUUUCGUAUAUGGCAACUUUAGUGUAAAAAAUGUCAAGGUCAGAAUGCUUCGUGCCGCAUGUGUGGCACUUAUCAUUUGAGAUUCAGAAUCACCAACGUCUAUUCUUUGGCUACAUUGGUGAGUUCCUUCUUCGGUGGAAGAUCUCAUGCAUCACUAAACGGGUGCGCUUUGCUACACAUACAACUUUAUGGUGCAUUUCGCCUAUUUUGUAGACGCAUGCAUCUAAUGCCCUAGAUACGUAGAGUAUCAACAUCUCAGAAAUCAUAUAAUGUAUAUGCAGAACCAUUUUUUGACAAAUGAAAUAUAUUAAUAUCGCGAACAUACAUAUACAUAGAAACAUACAUGCAUACGUUGACACGUCAAUCAUCCCACUGCAAAACCCAGAAAAUAUCUAGCCGCGAAAAGGCAGAGAGCAUUUCAGUUACUCGUUGGACAGCUCAUUGCGACGAAAAUGUAGCAAGAAACACGUUGUAAGUUGAAAGAUUUCAUCGUGAGAUGAAAAUAGAAAGAAACACGAGGCAAAAAUCCACUGGGGAUUUGAUGUGAAUUACUACUACUUACCGUUCGGAAUGCCUCGCGGGCCUCGGUCGAGAUCCAGACCCGGCCCACGGUAUAAAUAGUCCCCACCCGCGCGUGCCGCAAAACCCAGGAGCACGGACACACCGCACUGCCCCGCGAUCCACUCGCUCUCCAUCGAUUUGCAUGCAACCGACUCCAGAUCGAUCCCUCCACUGAUCGCCCAGUCAAAGAUCGCUCGGCCGGCGGCGCGGUGAUCGUCGCUGUCGUCGGAGAAGGAGGUCCUGUACGUGGCCGGCUGGGCGGCGCCAUGAUCUCGUGGCAUGAUCUGUACACGGUGCUGACGGCGAUGGUGCCGCUGUACGUGGCGAUGAUCCUGGCGUACGGCUCGGUGCGGUGGUGGGGCGUGAUCACGGCGGACCAGUGCGCCGGGAUCAACCGCUUCGUCGCCGUCUUCGCCGUCCCGCUGCUCUCCUUCAAGGUCAUCUCCGGCAGCAACCUGUACGCCAUGGACCUGCGCUUCGCCGCCGCCGACACGCUGCAGAAGCUCCUCGUCCUCGCCUCGCUCGCCGUGUGGUCCCGCCUCCCCGUCCCCUUCGCCGGGCUCGACUGGUCCAUCACGGUCUUCUCCUCCGCCACGAUGCCCAACACGCUCAUCAUGGGCAUCCCGCUCCUCGUCGCCAUGUACGGCCGCCACGCCGGCGACCUCAUGGUGCAGAUCGUCGUGCUCCAGUGCAUCAUCUGGUGCACGCUGCUGCUGUUCCUCUUCGAGUUCCGCGCCGCGCGCCUGCUCAUCUCGGGGAGGUUCCCGGCCGCCGCCGUCGCCGACGUGCGCGUCGAACCGGACGUCGUGUCGCUCGACGGCAGCCACGCCGAGGCGCAGGCCGAGGUCGCGCCCGACGGGAGCAUGCGCGUCGUCGUGCGCCGGUCCGCGGCGUCGGUCUCCCGUCGCUCCCUCCACAACGGCGCCGCGGCGGGGAUGUCGCCGCCGCGCGGGUCGAACCUGACCGGCAUGGAGAUCUACUCGGUGAGCUCGUCGCGGAACCACACACCCAGGGGCUCCUCCAGCUUCACCCACGGCGACUUCUCCGCGACCACGGGAGGCGGCGGCGCCGCCGCGCCUGCUCUGCCGCCACCGCCGCCGCACGGCGCGGUGCGCGCGUCCAGCUUCGGCGCGGCCGACCUGUUCUCGCUGCACUCGUCGCGGCAGCACACGCCGAGGCCGUCCGCCAGCUACGACGAGCACGCGCCGCGGGGCAGAUCGGCGGCGGCCGUGGCGCCGGUGGAGGACCCCAAGGACAACGUGCACAUGUUCGACUGGAGCUCCGGCGCGUCCGGCGCGUCCGAGGUGAGCGGCCUGCCGGUCUUCCGCAGCAGCACCAAGGAAAGCGGCCGCCGGCGUGCCCCCUCCGACGCGACGUCCAUCAACUCCGACUCCUCCAGAUCGAACCGGCCGGGGGCGACCGGCGGCGAGCGCGUCAAGUCCGGGGCGGCAGCGCAGGAGUCGCUGGAGAGGCUGGAGGCCGGCACGGAGGCGACGGGGAAGGAGCAGGAGCAGGAUGAGACGAAGAAGGACGGCGGCGAGGUGGGAAAGCCGCCGGCGAGCGUGAUGCUGCGGCUGAUCCUGACCAUGGUGUGGCGCCGGCUGAUCCGGAACCCCAACACGUACGCCAGCGUCGUCGGCCUCGUCUGGUCACUCAUCGAGUUCCGGUACCACGUCACCAUGCCGGCGAUCGUGGCCAAGUCCAUCUCCAUCCUCUCCGACGCGGGGCUGGGGAUGGCCAUGUUCAGCCUGGGUCUGUUCAUGGCCCUGCAGCCCAAGCUCAUCGCCUGCGGCAAAUCCGUGGCGGCGUCCACCAUGGCCGUCCGCUUCCUGCUCGGCCCCGCGGUCAUGGCCGUCUCCUCAGCCGCCGUCGGCCUCCGAGGCACGCUGCUGCGCAUCGCCGUUGUCCAGGCCGCUCUGCCGCAAGGGAUCGUGCCGUUCGUCUUCGCCAAAGAGUACAACCUCCACGCCGCCAUUCUGUGCACCGGGGUCAUAUUUGGCAUGCUAAUAGCGCUUCCGAUCGUCCUGCUCUACUACAUCAUCCUUGGGCUGCUAUGACGGAUGACUCGCCAUGAACGAAAUGUUCUCCCGCGUCAUCGGAGAUCAAAUUGAUGCAGGAGUUCCGACGCAAGAUUGGUUCGGCGUAGUUUAAUUGCUCUUAUGCUAUAGAUGCAAAAUGCUCCGCUGAGUUUGAAGCACAGAAGUUUAGCAAACUUCGGUUAUUUUCUACUGUAACAUGAAAUAAACCCCGAUGGUUAGUAUAGUUUGUUAAUUAGGGAUUAACUAUACAAAGUUGUUGUGUUUUCUAUAUGUAUUUGGCAAUUAAGAAAGAUAUGGGGAAAAAUUAUGUUUGUUUUUCAGCAACAUGGUGGAAUCAGAGGAGCUGGAGAGGCGG